AUGGCGACAACUCCUGCUGGCCGCACUCUGUACAAGAAGAAGGAUGGCAUACUAACCAUCACCGCCGAUCUUCAAACCGUGACAUGGACGCCGAACACUGGCGGUCCUCCCACCGUGUCAUUGCCUGUUCUCAGAAUUACCAACUUGCAGCAGACGCCAGAUGGAGCGCCUAAAGUUAUGCUCAAGAUAUUCGAGCUGAGUUCCAGCGGCGGUGAUGCUACAACAUAUCUCUUUCACUUCAACACUGAUGAGGCUAAAUCGGAGGCGUCCUCCUUCAAAGAUGUUCUCUCUCGGCUGCUUUCGGAAGCACGGAGCGGCGACCCUAAUGUUCCACGCCCAGCAGGAUCAGCUACACCACAAGGGAACACUGGUGCUGGCGGCAGUGCCUCAGCAACCAUGGCAUUUUCAAGUGCCGUGAACGCACAGCAGUCCUCGACUCGCUGGUACGACGACCAGCAGCUAAAGAAUGAUAUCGAGCUGCAGCGAUCUCUGAUGAAAAAGGACCUGAGCCUCAAUGAAACGUACAUGGAUGCGCUUUCCACCAAGCCGGAAUCGAUAUCCGUCGCCACAUUCAACUCGCAAUUCUGGUCCACCAGAACAAAUCUGCUACGCGCGUAUGCCAUCGAGUCAAAUCAGAAAAAAGGCCCUUAUAACGUCCUCUCGACCGUCAAGCCGCGAACAGUGGAUGGUGAAAUGAAAUUGAAUAUCAGUGUUGAGCAGGUCCAGAUGAUCUUUGCUCAACAUCCGCUCGUUAAGCGUAUAUACAAUGAAAACGUCCCAAAGCUGUCUGAGGCCGACUUUUGGUCCAGAUUUUUUCUCAGUCGCCUAUCAAAGAAGCUACGAGGUGAGCGUGUUACCGAAAACGACACAAACGACGCCAUUUUUGAUAAAUACGACGUCAACGAGAACUUGCAACAUGUCCAGAGCAAAAUCAUGUCGCAGCAUGUCCCUCACAUCAUUGAUAUUGAGGCAAACGAGGAAAACCAAGGGGGGUUCAAAAGCGGCAACGCCAAGGACGUUGAAAUGCGGCCUAGGGCGAAUAUUCCCAUUGUACAGACGCUAAACAGUCUCAGUGAGAAAAUCAUGGCAAAUGUUGCGCCCUCUGAUACUCCAAACGACGACACGGCUCAGUACUACAGAGAACAGGGGCUGCGGGAUUUACAUGGUGAUGCUGUAGAGCAUCGCAUCAUGCUCAACGUCAAGGAACAAAACAAGUUUUUUGCAAAGCAUGAUUCCUCGUCAUCCAGCAAUGCCAAGGUCUUUGCGAACCAAAACACUGCCAACGUCUUGCUGAAAAUGCAAGGCGUUUUCAAGGGUAUCCCUAUCGAUACUGUUGCUGGCAUGGACCUGCAGGCCGCUAUCAACUUUGACGACGGCAGCGACAGCGAAGAGGAGGAGCGGCCCGGGAAGAAGCCGAGCAGCGCGCGGCGUGCCAUCAUCGGCGCCGAAAAGGACGUCUUGGACGGCAUCCUGCAGCAGCGCUCGCAAAAAUAUGGCCACGUCUCCGACGCAUCAACGCCCAUGGGACUGCCCCUCCCCAUCGUCGAGCGCUGCACGCUGACGCACGCCACGACGGUCGAGUUUCUGCACCAGUUCUGGGACGCGUUCCUGUCCGGCGACCCGGACCGCGCCGGCGAGGUGCAGUACCUCGCCGAGUCGCUCAAACGCUCGACCAACCGCAUCCAGGUCGUCGCCGACGCGGCCGCCCACGAACGCGAUGAGGCCAUCCGCAAUGCCAAGCAGGAGAUUCGUGACCACUUUGAGAAGACGGGCAAGAAGAUUCGGUGGAAGUCUGACAUGGUCGGCGGCGGUCGUGACGCCGUCGUCAAGAUGAUGCAGCCCACGCUCGACGCCCUCGACAAGGCCCAGGCGGACUAUACGCGAGCGCUGGCUGCGGAGGGUGUGCAGAUAUCGACGGAGACGUAA